CUGUUGGGUAUUGCGUGAUUUGCGUCUCCAUCCCAGUCCCACUCAACUCAACUAGUUACAUCUCUCCUUCGUCAUUCCUCCCUCCUCUUCAGUCCUCAGUCCUGAAUUCCUGAUCGGUGCCCAAUCCUCAAUCCUCAAUCCUCACCCACCAGUAAUAUACUAAAAGAAAACAAAGAAAACCACCGUUGCCUCCUCUUUUCUCUUUGUUAUCUCUAUCAUCAUCCCUACAACAGCAUCUAUAAAUUCCAACAGAUUCUCUUCAAAGUCAUGGGCAUGGCACGUCCUCAUAUUCCAACUAUCAACCAUGUUCUUCUUCAUCUUCCCAUCCCUUUCUAAGUUUCCGUUCUGGUUCAUACUCAUAGAUAUAUUCCGCCAUAACUCGUAAGACUUCACAUAAACGGAUAAUCCCCGGCCAACUGCUUACAUAUCCAUUCCAUACUUGAACAUUGAAGGACGACCAUUCAAUUCAAGUUUUUGCUACUACAGCCUACACAGUCCACAAAGUCCAAGGUCAAGAAUAUCUUAAGUAAAUGCACACCUGGUUAAUAUAUAUAUAACAUCUGGAAUUUCUGGUUUAACAUGGCCCAGUCUCAUCUACUUACUCACCUACGUCUCUUCUCUUACGCGCCGCCCGCCAUUGCUUGCCAGUCUCCACUUCUCUCCUCCAACCUUCUAUUCAUCAAUCGCUCCUUUUCUUCUCCUGCUUCGGGGAGGAGCUUUUCGUUUUCGAUGGCGACGCCGGACGGGGCCAAGAAGCUAAAGACGUCGAACUAUCUCCGGCAUGUUGAAUCCUUGGCGGUUCUGCCAUCCGGCGCCGGGAAGAUCUCGCAUUUGAAUGCUGUAAUCCUCGGCGAAGCGCUUGCUUCGGAGGAGAACGAUCUCGUGUUCCCUAGCGAGGAGUUCUCUCGCCAGGCUCUGGUUCCAUCGCCAAUGAAGUACAUGGAGAUGUAUAGAAGGUCAAUUGAGGAUCCUGCUGGAUUUUGGUCGGAGAUUGCAUCAGAAUUUUACUGGAAACAGAAAUGGGGCACAACAGUCUACUCAGAGAACCUGGAUGUCAGGAAGGGGCCCAUCAAGAUUGAGUGGUUCAAAGGUGGCAUAACAAACAUAUGCUACAAUGCGCUGGAUAGGAAUAUUGAAGCAGGAAAUGGUGACAAAAUUGCAAUUUACUGGGAAGGAAAUGAUCUGGGUCAAGAUGGGAGUUUGACAUACAGUAGUCUGCUGGAGAAAGUUUGCCAGCUAGCAAAUUACUUGAAAGAUAUUGGUGUUCGAAAGGGAGAUGCUGUUGUAAUUUAUUUACCCAUGCUGAUGGAAUUGCCAAUUGCAAUGCUGGCCUGUGCUCGCAUUGGUGCUAUCCACUCGGUUGUAUUUGCUGGAUUUUCAGCAGAUUCUCUUGCCCAAAGAAUUGUAGAUUGCAAACCUAAAGCUGUGAUAACUUGCAAUGCUGUUCGAAGAGGGCCUAAAGUUAUCCAUCUUAAAGACAUAGUAGAUGAUGCCCUGGCUGAAUCGGCCAAAUCUGGGGUCUCUGUAGAUGUAUGUUUGACCUAUGAAAACCAGUCAGCCAUGAACAGGCAUGAUACAAAAUGGCAGAAAGGAAGAGAUAUAUGGUGGCAGGAUACUAUCCCUGAAUAUCCUACAACAUGUGAAAUUGAAUGGGUUGAUGCAGAAGAUCCACUUUUUCUGCUCUAUACCAGUGGGAGCACAGGAAAGCCAAAGGGUGUUCUGCACACAACCGGGGGAUACAUGAUAUACACUGCAACAACAUUCAAAUAUGCAUUUGACUACAAGCCACCUGACAUAUACUGGUGUACUGCAGAUUGUGGCUGGAUUACUGGACACAGCUAUGUUACAUAUGGCCCUUUGCUAAAUGGAGCAACUGUCAUAGUUUUUGAAGGGGUGCCAAGCUAUCCAGAUCCUGGACGUUGUUGGAACAUUGUUGAUAAAUACAAGGUGACACUCUUCUAUACUGCUCCAACAUUGGUCCGAUCCCUCAUGCGGGAAGGAGAUGAGUAUGUGACUCGCUACUCUCGCAAAUCCUUACGUGUUCUUGGAAGUGUAGGGGAGCCCAUCAAUCCAAGUGCAUGGAGGUGGUUUUUCAAUAUUGUUGGAGAUUCAAGAUGUCCUAUAUCAGACACUUGGUGGCAAACUGAGACUGGUGGCUUCUUGAUAACUCCUUUACCAGGUGCUUGGCCACAGAAGCCUGGUUCGGCCACUUUCCCUUUCUUUGGAGUCCAGCCAGUCAUAGUUGAUGAGAAGGGAGCUGAGAUUGAAGGUGAGUGCAGUGGUUAUCUAUGUAUAAAGAGUUCAUGGCCUGGGGCAUUCCGUACCCUUUAUGGUGAUCAUGAAAGAUAUGAAACCACAUAUUUCAAGCCAUUCCCAGGCUAUUAUUUCAGUGGUGAUGGCUGCAGCAGGGACAAGGAUGGAUACCAUUGGCUUACUGGUAGAGUUGAUGAUGUUAUCAAUGUCAGUGGACACCGUAUUGGCACAGCAGAAGUGGAAUCUGCUUUAGUCUCACAUCCCCAAUGUGCUGAAGCUGCUGUGGUUGGUGUUGAGCAUGAGGUCAAAGGACAGGGGAUUUAUGCCUUUGUUACUCUGGUGGAUGGUGUUCCUUAUAGUGAAGAACUCCGGAAAAGCCUUACACUUGCUGUAAGAAAGCAGAUUGGACCAUUUGCGGCCCCAGAUAAAAUCCAUUGGGCACCAGGCCUUCCAAAGACAAGGAGUGGGAAGAUAAUGAGAAGGAUUCUAAGGAAAAUUGCUUCUAGGCAAUUGGAUGAGCUUGGGGAUACAAGUACACUUGCAGAUCCAAAUGUCGUGGACCAGCUUAUUGCACUUAGUGAUUGCUAAAGGGCUGAAAUGAAAGUACCCUCAAUCCUUCAAGAUGACUACUCCCAGUUCUGGUUCAGCGAAUUAUAAACUUGUAGAGUAUCUGAAUGAUUUCACUAAUAUCAUCAUCUUUAUCAUUAUCAUUAUUGUUUUCUAUCAAGUUCCUGUUUUUGUAUUUAUUGAACUGGUCUACAAAAUAGUAAUUGAAGGCUUCAAUUUUGAGCUAUCAUUCAAAGUUGUGUUACUGGUA